CAGUAUUCACAUUUAGUGCUCAGAAAAUUAUACUGUCUAAUUGGAGAAAGGAAUCUUGCUGGGUAUGCAAUACUAGAAUAAUCGUACAGUAAUUUGGUACAGAAACCGAUCCUUCAACCCAACUGACCAAGAUGCUACAUCUAUGCUAGUCCCAUUUGUCUGCAUUUGGCCCAUAUCCCUCUAAACCGUUUUUAUUCAUGUACCCAUCAAAAUGUCUGUCAAAUUCUGACAUUGUAACUGCCUCGCCCACUUCCUCUAACAGCUCGUUUGAUAUACCCAUGGCCCUCUGUGUGGGAAAAGGUUUCCUCUUGGGUUCCUAUUAAAUCUUUUUCCUCUCAUCUUAAACUUGUACCUUUUCAGUCUGAAGAAUGGUUUUGGCCCGAAACGUUGCCUAUUUCCUUUGCUCCGUAGAUGCCGCUGCACCCGCUGAGUUUCUCCAACAUUUUUGUCUACCUUCGAUUUUCCAGCAUCUGCAGUUCCUUCUUAAACCUUCUUAUUCUUGAUUCCCCUACCCUGUACAUUAACCCUCAUCGUGAUUUUAUUUCCCUGUAUAAGAUCACCCCUCAGCUUUCUGCACUCCAAGAAAUAAAAUUCCAGCCUGCCAAACCUCUCUCUGUAGCUUAGGUCCUCAAGUCCUAGAAACAUCCUCAAGUCUUUGCACCCUUUCAAGAGACAAGAGUGUUUAAUUGUCACAUGUAUCGACAAUGGGACAAUGACAUUCUUACUUGUGGGAGCUUAACAGACCUGUAAAUACAAUACAAGCAGAUAAAAAAAAUAAAAGAAAAAUGAAAUAAACAACCGUGAUCCUGGAUUGCCACUAUAGUGCCAAAAGAACUCUGUAGUCUAACCAAAGACCUUAGAAGUUCACAGUUGCUAAAGUUAUUGUUGUGUAGUGUUCAAGAGCUUCUGGGAAGAAGCUAUUUUUGAACUAGGUGGUCAUGGUUUUCUGGUUCCUGUACUUUCAUCCUAAUGGUAUGAAUGAAGUCGCCAGGGUGAUGCGAGUCCAUGAUAUUGGCUGCCUUUUUGAGAUAGCCUCUCUAAUAGAUCCCUUCAAUGGUGGGGAGUCAGUACAUGUGAUGGACCGGACAGUGUCUACCAUUCUCGGUAAUCUCAAGUGCUUGCGUAAUUCAGCAGGUCAGACGGUGUCUCUCUAGAGAACAUGGAUAAGUGAUGUUUCGGGUUGGACCCUUCUUCCUGUUCCUUGGUCUUGCAAGACUUGUUCUGGCACAAUUCAAUUGAAUUUUCACUCCUUCCUGUUAAGCUAAACUUCCAACAAUGGUGGUGUAGUCGGAUAAUUUAAAGAUGGCUUUAAAGCUGUGCCUGGCUAAUCUGUCAUGGUUAUAGAGGGGGUAGAGCAAGAGACCAAGCACAUAGCCUGGAGGUGCUCUUGUGUUGGUUAUUGAGGUGGAAUUGAUGUUGCCAGUUUGUAUUGAAUGUGGUCUGUCGAUGAGGAAAUCAGGGAUCCAGGUAUGUAGAGAUGAUCAGUGAUGCAAAUUCUCUGAGAUUGAAGAGGGUGACGAUGGUGAACGGAGAGCUGUAGUUGAUCAACACUAGCCUGACUAUUGUUCUUAUUGUCCAAAUGGUGCAACGCAGAGUGGGGAACCAGUGAGAUUGAAUCCCCUGUUACUCGCAUGUGGCGGUAGGGGACUGGUAAUCGGUCCAAUUCCUUACUCAGACAGGAGUUGAUAUGCAUCAUAACCAACGUCUAAAACCGUUUCUAACUUAAUGGCAUCCUUCCGAUGCCAGAGUGGCCAACAAUGAACACAAUACUCUCAAGUGCGGCCUUACCAAUGCCCUGUACGACAGUUAUUCCUCCAGGAAUACGUUUGAUCCCACCUGCCUAGACCCAUGACCCGUUUUUUAUUGACCAGAGCCUCAAUUUCUUUUGUCAUCUAGGGUUUCUGACUCCUCCUUGCCCUUCACUCUAAAAGAAACAUGAUACAUUAUCACACUUUUAAAAGCAUCCCACUUUUUGGACAUCCUUUGCCCACAAAUAACCUUCUUCAAUCAACGUUAGCAAGUUCCUGCCUAAUACCAUCAAAGUUGGCCCUGCCACAAUUUAGAACUUUAAUUGGUGAACCAGCCCUAUCCUUGUAGCUUUUUGAAAGCUAAUAGAACUGUAGCGGCUGGUCCCAAAAGGUUCACUCUCUGACUUGUCAGUCACUUGUCCUGCUCAGUUUUGUAAGAGUACGUGACAUUUUGCCCUCUCCCUUGUAGGGUCCUCUACAUGUUGUCAGAGAAAACUUUCUUGAACAUCCCAUCUAAGGCACUUCCUCCUCACUUCAGCAGUCCUAGUCUUUAUUGGGGAAGCUAAGAUCCCUUACUAUAACAAAUCUAGUAAUCUUGCAACUAUCUGUAAUUUCCCAGCAUAUCAGAUCCUGUAAUUUCCAUUCAUUAUCUGGGAGCCGAAUUGUACAAUAUCAAUAGUUUGAUCAUCCGCUUUUUUAUUUUUCAGCUCCACCCAUACAGCCUUACUGGACGAUUCAUCGAUUUCCAGCUGCCCACCUGCCUCAUAACAAGAGGAGUUGAGUAAAGGAGCAAAGGGGUCCUUCUGCAGUUGUACAGAGCCCUAGUGAGAUCACACCUGGAGUAUUGUGUGCAGUUUUGGUCUCCAAAUUUGAGAAAUGGCUGAACAAACAGCAGAGAGGGCAGAUCUGAAAGUGAUGACCAGCGAACAUUUCUGGAAUUCGUAGCGAAUGAAUUGGCUGUCAGGAUGCUGCAUUCUUUGACCUGAAAAUGGGUGUUAAUGCAUCUACCUAUCCUCACUCUUUCUCUCAGAGGGUAGGAGGAAAUUCGCAGGCUCAACAGACAUUCAUAGGAACAUCCUCCUACUUGCAUCAAGGAUAUGGAUGCGAAUCAAAAUUAUAUAGCCUCGAACAUAGCCAUGAGAAACCACAAGACAAAAAGAAAAAAAGUUCUGGCCUUGCAACCCUGAAAAAGAAAUUUAUUAAAAGGCGUAAAUCUAAUCGCUCUGCCGAUCAUGCUAAGCAGAUGCGCGAGCUGCUUUCUGGAUGGGAUGUAAGGGAUGUAAAUGCACUAGUGGAAGAAUAUGAAGGCACUGCAGCUUUAAAGGAGCUUUCAUUGCAAGGUAAUUUGGCACGACCAGAUGCACGGACCUUGCAAAGAGACCUAGCAGAUCUUUACGAAUAUAAGUACUGCACUGAUGUUGAUUUGAUUUUCCAAGACACUUGCUUUCCUGUGCAUCGUGCCAUUCUGGCUGCGAGGUGUCCCUUUUUUAAGACGCUGCUUUCAUCAUCGCCUGAAUACGGUGCUGAGAUUAUGAUGGACAUUAAUACAGCUGGCAUAGAUUUGCCCAUGUUUUCAGCAUUAUUACACUACCUGUAUACUGGAGAGUUUGGAAUAGACGACUCCAGGUUCCAAAAUGUUGACAUCCUGGUGCAGCUGACUGAAGAAUUUGGAACCCCAAAUUCACUGGAUGUAGAUAUGCGAGAACUUUUUGAUAACAUGUGCUAUUAUGAUGCUAUUCUCGGCUUUUCAGCUGAAUCAGAAUUAGUGGAGGCAUUUGGAAGAAGUUCAGGUCGUUUUGAUGAGGAACUCUGUGGGCAUAAGGCUGUCCUAUCUGCACGUUCCCCUUUUUUUAGAAAUCUCCUCCAAAGACGUGUAAGGACUGGUGAAGAAAUAACAGAUCGAACUCUGCAGACGCCAACAAGAAUCAUACUUGAUGAAUCUAUCAUUCCAAAGAAAUAUGCAAAAGUAAUUUUACAUUGUAUGUAUACUGAUCUGGUGGAUUUGUCUCUUGUUCUGCACUACAAUCCAUCUGUGGGGAGCCUAAGUGAAGUCCAAGCAAUGGUUGCGGGAAAGGGGAACAUGUCGAGAGCUGAAGAAGCAAUGGAACUUUACCACAUAGCCCUUUUUCUGGAAUUCAACAUGCUUGCUCAAGGGUGUGAAGAUAUUGUGAUGGAGAGCAUCUCCCUCGACACACUGAUUUCCAUUCUGAAGUGGAGUUCACAGCCUUAUGGCUCCAAAUGGGUUUACCGGCAGGCAAUUAAUUUCUUGUGUGAAGAAUUCACUUCAGUCAUGAUCUCUGAUGUGUUUUUUGAACUUAGCAUGGACUAUUUGCCUCUUGUGCUUCAGUCUGACUAUUUGCAGGCUAGUGAGCAAGAUAUCCUUAAAUACAUGAACAAAUGGGGAGAGCACCAGCUCAUCAAACAGAUGGCAGAGAGAGAACCAAACCUGCUGAGUGGGACGGCACACAGUGUAAACAAGCGUGGUGUAAAGAGGCGGGAUCUUGACAUAGAGGAACUAAAAGAGAUUUUGUCCUCAGUUCUGCCUCUCAUUCGAAUAGAUCAUAUCCUUCCCACAAACAGUGAGAUUCUUAAUGAUGCUAUAAAGAGGGGACUGAUUAGCAUACCGCCAUUAGAUAUGCUGCCAACAGCUGAAGGUGGAAAAUCUCAUGCUUGGCUACGUCAGAAGAAUUCUGGUAUAUAUGUGAAACCUCGCUUAUUUGCACCGUAUGUGGAGGAGGCAAAGACUGUGUUGGAUGAGAUGAUGGUGGAACAGACUGAUCUUGUCCGGUUGCGAAUGGUUCGCAUGUCCAAUGUACCAGACACGUUAUACAUGGUGAACAGUGCUGUACCACAGUGCUGCCACUUAAUGAGUCACCAACCAAUAGGUGCACAAUCCAACCCUCCUUCAAUCAUUGCCAAUGAAAUUCCUGUCCCCCCUUUGAAGAUGGUAAAAGAUAUGAUCAGGCGCCUUCAGGAACUUAGACAUAUGGAUCAGGUACAGCGUGCGUACGCAUUGAACUGUGGGGAAGGAGCAACCGUGAGCUACGAAAUUCAAAUACGGGUGUUGAGGGAAUUUAACCUCCCAGAUACUGCUGUUGAACUGCUUCAGAAUCCUCAUAAAUUCUUUCCACAUGAGCGAUUUGGUGAUGAGAGUCCAGUGCUGACUAUUCGUCAGCAUGGUCACUGCAGAAUAAACAGUUCAUCGGCUGGAGAACGUGGUGAUGUUGAACCCUAUGCCGCGUUCCAUCCACCGUUACCACCACCUCCACCUCCGUACCACCCACCUGCAAUCCAGACGCAUGAAAAGCACAAAACGGAAUUGAAGCACAGACUGCCUGGUCAACUGUCAUCUCGCUCCUUAUCGUACCCAUGUAAUCGGUCCCUGCAUUAUUCUGCCCUCACCUCCAGGCCCAUAUACACUUCUGGUGGUAAACUGAUGCCUCCUGAUUGCACCAAUUCUGCCAGACUGGUCCAAAUGCAAACAACGAUAGGGAAUGCUGAAGGUACCUUGAAUGAACUGAUGCCAGACAUUGCAAUGGGUGUGACUUCUUUGAGUAACUUGUCACUUCGGGAUAGAAGAUUUCCUGAGCUUGCUUUAAGUACUGAUGUAAACAAAAUGGCGUCAGAUUCUGCUUCCUUUCCACGCCCUGCGCCGUAUUUACACAGUAGACACGCACAUGGCGUGAGGAGAAAACCUAGUGAGCUGAAGGCAGAAUCUCGAGAAGCCUUCCAGGAUUAUCCUGAUCUAUACGACUUUUCCAUUGCAGCUUGUCGGCCAUGCACUCCAGGAACAAGCAGGCAUACAUUGGCUCCUUCACAGGGAAGAUACUUUGCCCCAGAUUUAUAUUGUCACGGUAGAACAGCAACUGGAAGCUUCAAGAUGACUUCUCUUUGUAGUGAUAUUUCCAGUAAGCCAGUAGAAUCCAGGAGAGAAUAUCUACUGCCUCCCAAACUUCAACAGCCUGGUCCUAGUGAUCCACCAUACUUUGAUUUCCUGGAGCAGCCUCCUCACAGGUUGGACUUGGCACUGAAGCAGGAGUCCAGUGGUGGCUCUCUGCUUACCAGAAACAGGGGGUUAAUGGAAACAGAUCUGACUUAUGGCCUCACAGCCAGUCGCGCUCUGAGUGUGCCCUGUAGCUCUGGCAAUUGUGACGCUGGCUGCAAUAUAAGAUCAUUAGAUGGUGACAUGCUGGAGCCCGGGCCCAGCGUUCAUCCACACAGAAGCAUUCGGAAUAAUAGAGAAGAUACGCUGAGCCGAGAAAGGAGGUCACCAAACAGACCUGAUCUUCCGUACAAAAAAUCAGCUCUUUAAUGAUGCCUGCAAUCCAGUGUGCUUUUUCAACAGAUGACUCCAUUGUUAACUUUGCUUUCAUAAAUAUUUUGUACAUAACAUUUCUACCUUGAACUGAAUAAUUUCUAGGUGGUUUUCUAUGACUUUCGUGAUAGCUUGGGAGACCAAGUCACACACCGACCGGUAUUGCCAUCCUUUCUAAUGUUCAAAUAGUCUGCUAAUCGAGUUUACCAAUUUAAAAAAAAAUGCUUGGUCUUUUACCUCAUUUUUACAGGUCUGUUUUUAAAAAAACAAAAAACUUCAGUGUCUUUGUGUAUUGAAUUACAAUUGUGUAAUAUUUAAUGGUGAAAAGUACUCUGAUACCCAUUGACAUUUUCUCAUUUUCGAGAAAGUUUUUAGUCUUAAAAGACUGGGCAGUAUUUUUAAGUAUACUCAGCAUUGGAAUACAUGUGCAAGGGAAGAAUGUCUUUAUUCUACUGGCCAACUGUAUUCAGAGCACAGAUCCUUGUCAGUCUAAAGCUGUAGUCUUAAUCUUGGGACAAUCAGAUUGCUGUGACAAUCGGUUUAUAGGAUUAAUGUUUUAAUAUAUCAUGAGAAGCUGAAUCCCAAAGGCAGAAAUACUAGUAACUGGAUAAAGCAGCUACACUUCCCUUUGAAGCUGCUGUCAUAUCAUUUGCUUAAUCAUUGUUCAACGGUUAGAUACGCAAAACUCUUUGGUCUUUUUCUUCAUUAUUUGGUUUGAUAGCUGCUUUUCAAAUUUCUGCAUGGAUAAAUGUUUGUCUCGAAAAUAAUUUCCAAAGCUAAAAAUAUACUAUAUUAGCUGUGUGAGGGGAAAAACCAGAAUGCAAGUUGUGUAUGAUUGUAAAUUCUCUCUUUCCCCUUGCUGCAUCUGAGUAGGUUUUGCAUAUUGCACAUAUUUAGGAUAUUAUAGUAUCCUUUCUGUGAGAUGUUGUUGAACUCCAACAUGUGUUGCAAGUUUCAUGAUCAACUCCUUGGUGACAGUAAAAUCCAAGAUUCGCUUUCACAGGCAGACUUGUAGAGUCUGAAAGAUGUUAGUCUAAUCCUGGAGACAGGGUAGAACAUCUCGGGGACUUGGAUUAUUGAUUAAAGUGACUGGCUCUGUAUUUUGCCAAGUAUCCAGGUUCUACACCUGUUUGCGGAAACCUCUUGAAAUUGCAUCUGUGAGUUCUAUGUUUAAGUUAGAAAUUUGAUCGUGGUGUUUUAAAUUUUAUUAUUUCUGAUCUACAUUAUGAAACUAAUUUGAUGUGGCUGUGCAGAUUUUCUUCUUCAAUCCUUCCUGUUCGGUUUCCUAUUUGUGUGCAGCUGCAAGAUUAGAAUUGGAAGUCAGGAGAAUUCAAAGCAUUGUGUGCUGAUUUCCAAUGCAAAGUACCAGUGGCACAAAGCAUUUUAAUUAUUCACUGUUACGAUGCAAUCUGGUUUGUCAUUUCAGGAUACUAGAGUUGGUGAACUGGUACUAAAUUAAAAAUCUGAAUGCUGAAAUUAAUACUCUAAGAUUACACACAAACUUGAAUUCUCAUCCCAUGGCAAUCAUUGAGUUGUAGUUAUUUCAAUGUAUGGUCUGUGGUUCAUUUGGCAGUAGAGUUGGGUUCCAAUUCAAGUUCAACUGCAAAGUUGAUGAUCUUGUCUACGGUACAAGUGUACUGAGGGAGGUGCUACACUCUAGAAUAAGAUUAAAAUGUAUGUGUAUGCCUUAUCUUGGAGGUUUCAAGGAAAUUAUUGGAAAUCAGCAAAACUUAAAACUUUUUUUCUAUUGGUUUCUAAUUAAUAUAUAAACAGUGCUUGUUGGCUGCAACAACUUGAAGUAAAUAAUGAAAACUGCCUGCAAAUUUGCCUGCAAUGCCACAGAUAACUGGACAGUCCUUUCUAACAUAAAUGUAAAAUAAACAGCUGUGGAAACUCACCCCAGUACAUGCACAGCAUCCUGACGCUGCCUGAUCUAAUGCUAUAUAUUGUUCCAGACUGUGUUUGUGUAUCUUUCUCUCCCACCCACACACCCCCACUCCCCAUUGCAUGCUGUUUAACUGCAAUUACUUACCAAUUUAAUUUUGGUUGAAUUAGAAUAUUGGAAACCAUUUAAAGAUGAGUUAAGUGCUUGGUAGCAAAAGCUUUUUAUAAAAACUUGCAUCGCUGUUGUUUAAUUCUUUAAUAAUUUGUUUUGGAUGCUUCUGAUCUAAUCUGUUACUGGGAUACAGUAAAGUGCCUUCCAUACUAAAGGCUCAAGUAUCAGUAAUUUAGAUCAAAUGUCCUAUGCAAAUGUUUUCUACAAAUGGCAUAACCAUCUUUCUCUACAGUGCUUCAAUGUAUAUAAUGUUUUUUAAAGAGAUGACUAUUUUUAUUUUAGCAUCUUAAAUGAAAUUAUUGCUUAAUGAAAUGCAAUUCCCUAUUGAGUACUACGGCAGUUGUACAGAAUCUUCAUGAUCUAUUUUUCUACUGUUUCUGGGAGAAAAAAGCAUGUAACAAAUUCUAAACUGGCAUAUAGUUGGUGUUCUAAAUAAAUGGCCCAUGGAAUGUUUCAUUUUGAUUAUGAAAUUAAUCCAUAUUUUUAUUAAAGUGGAAACAGCACAUUU